AUGAGUGAAGAAAUAGAACCUCAUAUCUUACGUAAGUUCGAAAUAAUAUAAAAAUUAGGUAAAGGAGCUUACGGUAUAGUAUGGAAAGCUAUAGAUCGUAAACUAAAAUAAGUUGUUGCCUUAAAAAAGGUAUUUGACGCAUUUCAUAAUCCAACAGAUGCCUAGCGCACAUUUCGUGAAGUUAUGUUUUUAUAAGAAUUAAACGGUCACGAUAAUAUAAUAAAAUUAUUAAAUAUAAUAAAAGCGGAAAAUAACAAAGAUUUAUAUUUAGUAUUCGAUUAUAUGGAAACAGAUCUUCAUGCCGUAAUUCGUGCCGACAUAUUAGAACCUGUUCAUAAGAAGUAUAUAAUGUACCAAAUAUUAAAAGCAUUAAAAUACAUACAUUCAGGAGAACUAAUACAUAGAGAUUUAAAGCCUUCAAAUAUAUUAUUAAAUAGCGAAUGUCAUGUAAAAGUGGCUGAUUUUGGACUUGCGCGUUCUGUGGCAACAAAAGAAGAAGAUGCACCGCCCGUUUUAACUGAAUAUGUGGCUACAAGAUGGUAUAGGGCGCCUGAAAUAUUAUUAGGGAGUACCAAAUAUACAAAAUCAGUUGAUAUGUGGUCUGUUGGAUGUAUUUUAGGGGAACUGAUUAUAGGAAAAAGUAUAUUUCCAGGUGUAUCUACAUUAAAUUAAAUUGAAAGAGUUUUAGAAUUAACAGGAAAGCCAUCAUAAUAAGAUAUAGAAAGUAUAGAAAGUCCACUAGCAUAAAAUAUCAUAAAUUCCAUAAAUAUAUAAAAAAAAAAAAAUUUUAAUAUUUUUUUUUCUGGAGCAUGUGAAGAUUCGCUUGAUUUACUAAAAAAAUUACUCACUUUUAAUCCUAAAUUAAGAUUUACAGCAGAAUAGGCACUUGAACAUAAAUAUGUAAACGAAUUUCAUAAUAUUUAAGAAGAACAUGUAUGUAAUAAACCAAUUGAAAUUCCUUUGAAUGAUCAUGAAAAAUUUUCAAUAAAAAAAUAUAGAGAAGCACUUUAUGCAGAUAUUAGUGAAAGAAAAAAAUAAUAAAGAAAAAAAUGGUAAGCUAAAUAUUUAGAAUAAUUAGGACUUUCAGUUCCUGAAUAAUAAUAAGAUAAAAUAAAUUAAGAAAAUAAUAAUUAAAUUAUCAAAGUUAAAAAAUAAGAAGAAAAUAUCUAGUAAUAAUAAACUUAAUAAAUUACAUAAUAAUAAAAAACGAUAUAAACAUAAUAAUAAUAAUAAUAAUAAUAAUAAUAAAAAUAAUAAUAAUAAUAAUAAUAAUAAUUAUAAUAGUAAUCAUAAUAAUUAUAAUAGUAAUCAUAAUAAUUAACUCAAUAAUUCACUUAUUAUUAAUACGCAUAAAAAGCUUCAUUAUAAUAAUAAAAAGCGUAAUAAGAUAUAAAUAUUAAUGAUUUAUCGAAAAAUUAAUCUAAUAAAGAUUAAAAUUAAUUUGGGCCUUAAAAAUAGUAAUAUAAUAAUUACGUUCCACCUAAAAAUAACUUUUCAAAUAAUAAUAAUAAUAAUUAGUAAGCUGUGCCCAAUUUUAUUGAAUAAUAUAAUAAUGUUAAUUAAUAACUUAAAAAUAAAACUUUAACAAAUUUCAGUAAUAAAAAUAAUAGCAAUUUUUAAUAUAAUAAUAAUAAUGCUCAAGCAAAAAAUUCUAUUAUAGUAAAUAAUAACAGCCAUAACGGGUAAUUCUAAAAUAAUAAUAUUUAAUAAAGUAAAAUUACUUAAUAAUAUAGUUAAUAAUAUUCUUAAUAAUAAUAGAUAUAAAUUUAAUAAUAUUAAUAAUAAUAUAAAAAAAAAAAUUGA